CUGUCUAAUCCUGUUAGUGCGUCCUGUGCAUCUAUCGGCCAUUUCCCCUCUUCGAGUCCACCACCGAUUACCAGGCCUUUCGACUCUACUGCUCGACGCUUACACACGGCUUUGCCCUCUCUCGGACCAGAUCAAGCAGGUUCUCGAGUAAAUUCGCGAUCGCGUACUUCGCGGGCUACAAAAGAAAUCGAGUCUCAUCCUGCUCCAGCUCGUCCACUCUCCUCAGCGCCGCUCCUGAGCCCUCUGGGACCAGACGCGAGGGCUUCUCCCACGGGCCCUGGCCCUCUCGCCUAUACAAAUCUUGCUUUAUCUUCUAGCUCGUCUUCUCCGUGCUUCUCGUCCCUUAGCUCAACAUCCGUCUGCUCGGAUAAGUCGCUAGAGUCUACACCAUCUAUUCCUACCUGCUCUUUGCCUUCCUCUUCUGGUCUUCUCUCGCCGGCAGCCGCUGUCGCAGCCACUGCUGCUCUAGUCGCCUCGGGCACGCAUCCACUGACUGCAGCACAUUCUCUCGCCCUUUUACAUUCCUCAGCCAACGCGGCCAGAGGCCUUACUGCUGCCUCUUUACUUUCUGGUUUAGGUAAGGCUUUGCGAUUUUUUUAA